UCUACGCCUAGGACAGCUCUCAGUCCCUGCCAGGGCAACGCAGGACCCUCUCUCAAGACUGUGACCAGAAGGCCCCCGAUAGAAGAGAGGCAGAGCCAUCUCCGUUGGCUCUGGAGUAACUAUCCCUAGAUUUCUAGCCGGACCAUUUGGAAUGGCCAUCAGUCUGGGAAGUGAUGCAGCUUUCUCCAGUCAGAAAUCAACGCUUUCAGAGAAUCCUCCAUCAAAGAAAUUUCCACUAACUGAAGAGGAGAUAUUUUAUAUGAAUUGUAGAGCUGCCUACUUAACUGUUUUCAAAAGCAGCUUAGAUAACAUUAUUUCUAAAGAUCAACUUUGCUUAGCUCUUCAGCAUGCAGGAAGAAAUCCAUCCCAAAAGACCAUUAAUAAGUAUUGGACUCCCCAAACUGCCAAACUGAAUUUUGAUGAUUUUUGUUUAAUUUUAAGAAAGGAAAAACCUACUUCAAAAGCAGAAUUGCUAAAAUCAUUUAAGCAAUUAGAUGUAAAUGAUGAUGGCUCUAUUUUACACACUGAUCUUUAUAAACUUCUAACAAAGAGAGGUGAGAAGAUGACUCGAGAAGAAGUAAAUGCCAUAAUAAAUUUGGCUGACAUAAAUGCUGAUGGCAAAUUUGACUACAUCAAGUUUUGUAAAUUAUAUAUGACAACCAAUGAACAAUGUCUCAAAACUACGCUAGAAAAAUUGGAGGUUGACGGUAAACUGAGGCGUCAACAGUUUGGAAGCCACAUGGAAGGGUCCCGUGAAAGGGACCCAUCACCAGUACCAAAACCAUCACCCAGAAUCAUAAGAAAAACUGAUCAGGAAUCAUUCUCAAAUAAAGGAGACACCAGGAGUUCUUUACUGACAACAACUAGAGAGUUCAGAACAUCUGUUUCUUUCACAAUUACCAUGGGCGCUACUAGUAACCAAAACUCAAAAUUAACUGAGCCAAACUCAAUAAAGGAGUGGCAAUGUGUACAAUCAAAAGGUUGCUUUUUCUUAGAAGAAGAUGGUGAAAUCAUUAGUCAUCAAUAUAGGAUGCAAAUAGCUCAGAGAUCCCUGGUUUAUCUAACAAUUAAGCCAUUAAACCUGAGUCAAGCUGAAGGAAAACCAUCCCCUUGGUUAUCAGUUGAUACUGCCUUGUAUAUUCUUAAGGAAAAUGAGAGUCAAGCAAAUCUACAGCUCAUGUGUUUUACUGAACUACGAAAUAGAGAGAUGUUUGGGUGGACUGGUGAACUAGGACCUGGAAUUUACUGGUUAAUUCCUUCCACAACUGGCUGCAGGCUGAAGAAAGAAAUAAAACCAAUAACAAAAGAAGCCCAACUUGUAUAUAGAGAUGAAACAGGGGAAUUAUUUCUCACAAAGGAAUUUAGGUCAACUUUAUCAGAUAUAUUUGAAGUAAUUGAUUUAGAUGGAAAUGGUCUUCUUAGCCUUGAAGAAUAUAAUUUUUUUGAACUGAGAACAAGUGGUGAGAAAUGUGAUGAAGAUGCUUGGGCUGUCUGCAGAGAGAAUUUCGAUACAAAGAAGAAUGAACUAACAAGACAGGGCUUUAUGGAUCUGAAUCUAAUGGAAGCCAAUGAUGGAGAAGGAGAUCCUCGUGACCUUUGGGUAACUCUACACUCUAUGGGCUACAAUAAAGCUCUGGAACUGACAGAGGCAUGCCCAUUUGUCAUCGAUAUCUAUGCAGACAAAUGCAAGCCAAGAAUUAAAACUGUCCAUAUGGAGGCAUGCAGUGGGCAACUUGAGAAGGCCAUUUGUACAUCUGUUCUUAACAAAGGCAAUGCCAAAGUAAUGGAUGGCUAUGAAAAUAUAAUUGUACAUACUUACAAGUGUGACACCUGGAUAACGUCAGUUAUUGAAAACAAGUCAGAUAAUAAAGUGAUUAUUCACAUCAACAACGAGCUGAGUAAAAACUGUGUAAACAACAGAGGACUUGACAUAUUUGCAGUAGAAGUGGCACCAAAAUCUACAAUGGUUUGUCAACAUGUAAUGCCUCUGAACGAACAACAAGAAUGGAUAUAUUAUUGUGUGUAUUCCCUUAUAUCUUAAACACUGUUUUUAGGAAAUAAUUUUGCUUGAGACUGUCAAACUAAGAAGAAUUAUUUCAAGUUUAGUCUGUUAUUUGUUGAUCAACAAAAUGCUAAUCAAUUUAACUGAUAUACAUAAUAAUCUAUUUAAUUUGUAUGCAUUUACAUUUCAUGUCCAUAUUAUAUACUUUAUUAUUAAAAUAGAAAU